AUGGAUUUGGCAGCGGGUAUUGUACAAGUGGGUCCCCACUCAUUCCCGGUAACGCAUGCCCUCCCCUUGAAUUGCACCCAAAAUCAGCUGUAUCAUCAGACAGUGUUCCCGCUGAUGAGUUUGUUUAUGGAGGGUUUUGAUGCCUCGGUGGUGGCUUAUGGCCAAAGGGGUUGUGGCAAAACAUAUGCCUUAUAUGGCAAUGGUUUCAAUGAAUCUCCCGAAAAGGAUGACCACGGCGUGGUGGCUCGUUGUAUAAGGGAAAUAUUCAAUCAUAUUGCCAAUCAUCCGGAACGCACGUAUGCCGUUAAUAUCACCUGGGUGGAGAUUUGCCGGGAAAUUAUCCGUGAUGUCUUUGGAGUGGGUAGUGUCCAGUGUAUGAAUGUUAAUGAUGCCUUCCAUUGGUUGAAAGUGGGCUAUAAACUGUUGAACAGUACAAAAUCUCAAAUGGGUCACUCGCUGUUUAGCAUUACACUGGAACAGAGAUGGAUUUCGAAGGAGGGUUUGAUACAACAUCGUCUGUCGACGGCUAGUUUUACGGAUCUAUGUGCUACGGAACGUUUGUUUAUGUUGAACUCCCUGGAACAGCCUACAAGUUUACCCAAAGAUUUGGGUUUACAAUCGCUGGAGAGGGUGGUUAGUACCCUCAUAGAUCCUUCGUUUAUUUUCAAGGCAAAUGGUAAUGUGCCAUAUAAUCAGACGAUGUUGACCACCUUGCUGAAGGAUUCAUUUGGUGGCCGGGCCCAAACGUUGGUCAUAGUUUGUGUAUCCCCCUUGGAGAGGGAUAUCAAUGAGACCAUAUGUAAUAUGCAGUUUGCCUUUAAAGUUCAAUGUGUGCGAAAUUUUGUGGUAAUUAAUUCAUUUUCCGAUGAUAACACGCCCGUCUCGCCGGAUGAACUGCCACCCGAAAUGCGGGAUGUUGGUAUGGGGUUGCCACCUCAGGUUCAUGAUAAUUUUGGGUUACAGUUUGCCGCCAGUCAAUGGUCUAAAUUGGUGGCCAAUGCUGAGGAUUUACUGUCGAAGCUAAUCUCCUCCAAUACCCUUGGCGAAUCCGAUAAACAACAAAUCGAAGAAUGGCUUUUGCAAAAACAAGAAUGUGAGGAAUGUUUGAAUUCCACCGACUCUAUGCAGGCUGAAAACGCCUUAGGCCCCAUCCAGGAAGCCGAUGAGCAUGAUGAGGACGAGGAGGAAGAUGUGGACAGUGACCCCGAUGUCAGCGACUCAGAAACCCCAUUGCAACAAAAUUCCGAAAAUGAAUCUGAUGUAGAAUCUCAACGUCCAGACUUAGAAGAAAAAUUGGAGCAAUUAAUGGAUAAUUUGAAAUCGAAGACCGAUGAUAUUGUCAAACAAAAAUAUCAAGAAUUUAUGGAGAAUCACCCCAAAGGUGUUAUGGAAUCCCAGGAAAGUAUGCGGCUUAAAAAAGACAACAGCUAUGAAGAGAAACAGGAUGAAAGGAAACCCUCCUUGGGUAGCAGUGAUAGCAAUAGUGGAGGUGUUAUGGUUUCAGGCAGUGGCGGGUGUGUGGGACGUAGACGUUCCAUACAACCCGGCUCCGCAUUGUCCAGUGCUGAAAUUGCAAUGCUUAAUCGUGUGGCCUCACGAGAACGUUCUGAAAGCGAUAAAUCAAAAGAGAAUCAACAGUUGGAACCCCAGCCAGAUGACUUUUUAGAUAUGUCCACAGAUUUGCCAGUACUUAGGCCACACUCCAAUUCCCCCUUGGAGGCAAUACAAAAGAAGUUACGAAAACUCGAUGCCGACAUUGAGGCGAGACAAAAACAAAUUAAAGAAAUUGAAGAAACAAUGCAGCUGAAACAAAACAUCAUCACCGAACUCAUCAAGAAUAGUGACACCCGGACCACGGCAAAACAAAGAUUCCACAAGAAACGUGCCAAACUCGAGGCGGAAUAUGAAAAAACAAAGAAGGCCCUUAACAAGGCCACGGCUCAGCAGAGGGACAAAACCGAAUUGGACCGCUUGAAGGCGGUGAUUAACCACUUGGAACAAAGACUCAAUGAUGUGACCUCCAUAAAACAUAUCGCUGGCGAAAGUGUACAAAAAGUCAAAAAGUUGCAGCAAUCCCUGCAGGAGUCCAAGAAACUAAUGGACGACCUGCAGAAGAAAGUGAAGAAGGAAAAGAAACUCAAGGAGGCUUUACAAAACGAAUUGAAAAGCCUCAAAGAAAAAGAAAACUCCAAAGCUUUAACAAAACACGAGGAUAGUCCCAAACUCCCCGAAGAGAAAACCAAACACCUCAAGGAUGUACAAUCCCGCAUCGCCCAUUUGGAUCAUGUCCUGAAGGAGAAGUCAGACAAUUUGGAACAAUAUCGCGACGAUGAACAACGUGAAAGUUUACGUCAUGAAAUACGUAAUUUACGUAGAACUCGUGACCAUUUGCUCGAUCAACGUUGCUCCUUAGAUCGUAAGCUGAAGCGUGAUAAAAUGCUCAGCCACAAAGAGGAACGCAAGCUGCUGGAAUGUGAUGAAGCCAUUGAGGCCAUAGAUGCAGCCAUUGAAUUUAAAAAUGAAUUAAUUUGUGGCCACAAAUCCAUUGAUACCAGUGAGCGGCUGCAACGUGAAAAAGGUGAACAAAUGUUGAUGGCCCGCCUCAAUAAACUAUCCAAUGAGGAAAUGCGUACGCUGCUCUAUAAAUAUUUUACCAAAGUUAUUGACCUCAGAGAUUCAUCACGGAAGCUGGAAAUACAAUUAGUGCAAUUAGAGCGAGAAAAAGAUGCAUGGGAAUGGAAGGAGCGGGUCCUAUCCAAUGCUGUGCGUCAGGCCCGCCUCGAGGGAGAACGUAAUGCAGUAUUACUACAGAGGCAACAUGAAAUGAAAUUGACAUUAAUGUUAAGGCAUCUGGCCGAAGAGACCUCGAAUAGCUCAGCAUCAUUUUCCGAUCAGUCGCUGUCGGUGCCACGUUUUUAUAAACCCUCACAAUUGGCUCUGUCCACUCCAACAACCCUGGCAAAUGCAGUGUACUCCGAUUCCGAAUUUGAAUGGCUCGGUGGUCAUCAUCCUCCUCCUGCUCCUCCUACACAAAAUAACAAUACCAACACACGUCUCGUGAAAGCCUCCAAAAUCAAUGAAAUGGAAAUGUGUCCCAUUACCGAUCCCACACUCAAUAAAUAUAAACCAUUGGAUAAAAUCAAAGACAAAGAAAGGGAAACAAAAAAUAAACUAUUCGCCAAAUUUCAAGUUUUAACACGUUAUGCCAGUAAUACUCAACACACCAACACGGAUGAUUCGAAUAUGGCAUCCACCUCAUCUUCCCAUUCCCAGGCUGCUGCUGGUCAUAAACGUAAAGACAAGGAUGGGGGAAAUUUACAAAAAUUGGAAUUACCCCAUAGCCCAGCCAUACCCCAGGAGAAUCUCAAAAAGCUAUCAGGAAAUGCUCAAAAUACAAAGGUAACAAGACAAAAGAAUAAAAUUAUCAUACAAGAUAAAUCAAGGAAGAAUUGA